AUCGACACUGCUUUGUGCAGAGCAAGUGCUGGAUGCAACCUGGACAUAUGCGCUGGUCCAGCGUUUGGGUGUGCGGCCUCAUCGCCACAUGGUGUACCUUCGAGAGGUGGUCACGCGCGGCGCCCGAGGCGUUCGCAGCCGUGCGGCGGCCAAGGCGACAGCCCCUUGCAGCCCGCCUCGCUGGAGUGCCUUUGGGAGGAAUUGAGCCAAGAGCUUUGAUACUGGACUGCGACGGUGUUAUUGCAGAUUCAGAAUAUUUGCACCGGGAUGCCUACAACCAGGUGUUUGCUGAAUUUGGCGUAGACACUUAUUGGUCCAAAGAGUACUACGACGAGCUCCAAAACAAGAUUGGCGGAGGCAAGCCCAAAAUGAGAUAUCAUUUUGGCAUCCAGGGGUGGCCGGCAUCGAAGCUUGGUCCGGCACCCGAAGACGAAGCAGCGCAGACUCAUUUGAUAGAUGCAUUGCAGGAUCGCAAGACUGAAAUCUACCAGAGCUACGUCGCGGAGGGUCGUUCAUCGGCUCGGCCUGGCAUUGUGGAGCUCAUUGACAUCAGCCUGUCCAGAUCCGACCUGAAGACUGCCAUUUGCUCAGCUGGGACUCGAGAAGCAGCCCAACAGGUGUUGAUGGCCGUCCUUGGGGAGGAUCGUUUGUCACGUUUUGACUUGAUCCUUUUGGGCGAUGACGUCAGCAGGAAGAAGCCUGACCCAUUGAUCUACAGACUAGCCUCUGAGCGCCUGGGCGUGUCAAUUGAGAAUUGCGCAGUGGUAGAAGAUUCAAAGAUUGGUUUGCAAGCUGCCUUGGCAGCUGGCAUGAAGUGCUACAUCACCUACACAGAAUCAACACAAGGACAGGAGUUUGGUGGUGCUGCUGGGGUGGUUGCUGAUGCAACGAAACUGGACUUGGACGACAUAUUUCCUUCCAGUUCAUUUGCAGAUCCCUAGAUUCAAAAGUUGAUUGACCUCGAGAGCCUGCGCCCACCAUGUUGCCAGCUGCUGUGCAAAUAAGUAGGCACCAGGUAGAACAAGACUGAGGAUAUUUGAUAUCUAUAUAAUAUCUACGUGAGUAGCAGCUGAGUAGCACUGCUCGGCUAAAGAUGCAGCAAGGCACGCCUCCUGAUGCUGAGUGUUGAAACCUGCUUCAUCAAGAGAUAUCAAGAGUGUUGACAACAAAGGUCUACAGAAAUCAGGAGAUAUAUAUAUAUAUCAGAGUUGUUUCUGCCGCUGACUUCUUCAGGUUCUGGC